AUGCCCAACAGCGAGCAGGGCUGUGGGUCCCCCCUGGAGCUGUUCCACAGGAUUGCUGCUCAGGGGGAGCUCAUAAGGGGCCUCAAAGCCAGAAACGCAGCCAAGGAUGAAAUUGAUUCGGCAGUGAAGAUGUUGUUAUCCCUAAAAACGAGCUACAAAACUGCCACAGGGGAAGAUUACAACAUGGACUGUCCUCCAAGGGACCCGGCACCCGAGAGUGGUGAGGGCCUGGCUGCCACCGACGCAGACGAGGACUUUGUGGACCCCUGGACAGUGCAGACAAGCAGUGCCAAAGGCGUUGACUAUGACAAGCUCAUUGUUCGAUUCGGAAGCAGUAAAAUUGACAAGGAGCUGGUAAACCGAAUAGAGAGAGUCACGGGCCAGAGACCACACCGCUUCCUGCGCAGGGGAAUCUUCUUCUCACACAGAGACAUGCAUCAGAUCCUGGAUGCCUACGAAAACAAGAAGCCAUUCUAUCUGUACACGGGCAGGGGCCCCUCCUCCGAAGCCAUGCACGUGGGUCACCUCAUCCCGUUCAUCUUCACCAAGUGGCUGCAGGAUGUGUUCAACGUGCCCUUGGUCAUCCAGAUGACCGAUGACGAGAAGUACCUGUGGAAGGACCUGACCCUGGAGCAGGCCCACGGCUACGCCGUGGAGAAUGCCAAGGACAUCAUUGCCUGCGGCUUUGACAUCAGCAAGACCUUCAUCUUCUCUGACCUUGACUACAUGGGGAUGAGCCCAGGCUUCUACAAGAACGUGGUGAAGAUCCAGAAGCACGUCACCUUCAACCAAGUGAAAGGCAUUUUCGGCUUCACCGACAGUGACUGUAUUGGGAAGAUCAGUUUUCCUGCCAUCCAGGCCGCUCCCUCCUUCAGCAACUCAUUCCCUCAGAUCUUCCGAGACCGGACAGAUGUCCAGUGCCUCAUCCCGUGUGCCAUCGACCAGGACCCAUAUUUCAGGAUGACCAGGGACGUGGCCCCCAGGAUCGGCUACCCCAAGCCAGCCCUCUUGCACUCGACCUUCUUCCCUGCCCUGCAGGGGGCCCAGACCAAGAUGAGCGCCAGCGACCCCAACUCCUCCAUCUUCCUCACAGACACGGCCAAGCAGAUCAAGACCAAGGUCAACAAGCACGCCUUCUCCGGAGGCAGGGACACCAUUGAGGAGCACCGGCAGUUUGGGGGCAACUGUGAUGUGGACGUGUCCUUCAUGUACCUGACCUUCUUCCUGGAGGAUGACGACAAGCUGGAGCAGAUCAGGAAGGACUACACGAGUGGGGCCAUGCUCACCGGCGAGCUCAAGCAGGAGCUCAUCGAAGUCCUGCAGCCCUUGAUCGCCGAGCACCAGGCCCGGCGCAAGGAGGUCACUGACGAGAUUGUGAAAGAGUUCAUGACCCCCCGGAAGCUGUUCUACGACUUUCAGUAA